AUGUCUAAAACAAAUAACUACCCGAAAAGUUCUACAAUUACAGUAAAAACAUCAAGUAAUAUAUUUACUUAUAAAAUUAUUCAAGAAGGAAUAUAUCCUAGUAAAGAGAUUCUUGUCUAUACAUCAAAACCAAAUCAGUAUAGAAUUCCUCAUAAUUAUAUAGUUGAAACAACUUAUGGAAGAGGCAAAUUACAAAGAACCAUAACAUACUCAAUUCAAUAUGAGAACAAUAUGCCAGUAUUUAAAAUUGAAUUUUUAUUUGGCAAUAGUACUGAAAUUGUUAUAUCAAAAAAAAGUGCAUCAGAUGCUGCAAAUAUUUAUAUUCAACGAUAUCAUAAAUUAGUUUCUAUUGAUAUAGAAAAAUUUACUGGUCAAAGACCUGAACAAAAAAAAACUAAACUCAAUGGAGUAUAUUACUUUGGGUUACAAGUAGAGCAAAUUAGCCAAAAUCGAGAUAAACAACAGAUGACAAAUAAGUGUAAACCAUUUAAAGAUCUUGGUAACUCAAUGCAAAUAAAAUGUAGUAAAAUAUUUAGAAAUCAAGUAUUAGAAUUGUUUAAAAAGCAAACAUUAGAAACAUUUAAUAAUAAUGAUAAUAUAUCUCUAGAAGAGUUAGUUUUUUCAGUAGAUUCAUACCGAUUUCGUAUUAAUUAUAAGGAGUCAAGUAGUUUUAAAAAUAGUGAAUUACGAAAACAGGCAGUUGUACGAGCAAUGGAUAUUGGUAGAGUAUCACGAAAUACAUAUAGAUUACUAGCUGCAAUUGCACAUGAUUUACCAAGAGAAUGA